CUCGAUGGUCUUCCGGGAAAAAAGGGCUCUGGGAACGAGAGAGAUGAGCGGAGCUAGGAGGACGCGGCGCGAGGUGACGCUCUGGUCCAACGCCGACGAUUUCUCUGUGGCUCCCGGAGGACCCAGCGGGAGUGUUGGCGGCUCACCUCCGCCGUAUCUGGUCCUGCGCAUCCUUGGCGGGGCCGCAGCUCCGGAAGUUCUCCGUGCGGUCUAACCUCAGAUCUUCUUGCUGCAGCGUUGCAUAGAACAUCCUGUAACGCCCCAUAGGCCAAGGCCACGCGUGGAUCGUGAGGACUCUUUGUUUAUCCCCCCUGCCCAUGGGCUCUGACCCAGGGCCAGGGCCAGGGCCUGGCUGAUGCCAGUGGAUGAAUGGACACCUCAGAGCAACAGAGCAGCAGGACCAGAAGCCGGACCAGGAGCUGACCUGGAGCUGGGGCCACGGGCCUGGGAGCGCCCUGCGCCCAGCAGAGGCCAUGGCCCCGUCACCACUGCCACCGCUGGCUGCCAGCACCCCGCUCCUGCAUGGCGAGUUUGGCUCCUACCCGGCCCGCGGCUCACGCUUCGCCCUCACUCUCACACCACAGGCCCUGCACAUACAGCGGCUGCGCCCCAAGCCCGAAGCCCGGCCCCGGGGUGGCCUGGUCUCGCUGGCUGAGGUCUCUGGCUGCAGCACCCUGCGGAGCCGCAGCCCCUCGGACUCAGCCGCCUACUUCUGUGUCUACACCUACCCCCGGGGUCGGCGUGGGGGCCGCCGCAGAGAUGUCCGCACCUUCCAGGUGGACGGGGGAGCCACCUAUGAGGAGAACCGGGCUGAGGCCCAGCGCUGGGCCGCCACACUGACCUGCCUGCUGCGGGGACUGCCACUGCCUGGGGAUGGGGAAAUCAACCUGGAGCGGCUUCCCAGGGCACCCCGGCUGCUCCUAUUGGUCAAUCCCUAUGGGGGGCGGGGCCUGGCCUGGCAGUGGUGCAAGAACCACGUGCUGCCCAUGAUCGCUGAGGCAGGCCUGUCCUUCAACCUUAUCCAGACAGAACGACAGAACCACGCCCGGGAGCUGGUCCAGGGUUUGAGCCUGAGCGAGUGGGAUGGGAUCAUCACAGUCUCGGGGGACGGCCUUCUCUAUGAGGUGCUAAAUGGUCUUCUGGAUCGGCCUGACUGGGAGGAGGCUGUGAAGACGCCUGUGGGCGUCCUUCCCUGCGGCUCCGGCAACGCGCUGGCAGGAGCUGUGAACCAGCAUGGGGGGUUCCAGCAGGCCCUGGGCCUCGACCUGCUCAUCAACUGCUCGCUGCUGCUCUGCCGGGGCGGGGACUGCCCGCUGGACCUGCUCUCCGUCACCUUGGCCUCGGGCACCCGCUGUUUCUCCUUCUUGUCUGUGGCCUGGGGCUUUGUGUCGGAUGUGGACAUCCAGAGUGAGCGCUUCCGGGCCCUGGGCAGCGCCCGCUUCACCGUGGGCACGGUUCUGGGCCUCGCUGCACUGCACACUUACCGAGGACGCCUCUCCUACCUCCCUGCCACUGUAGAGCCAGCGUCGCCACCCACUGGCCAUGGCCUGCCCCGUGCCAAAUCUGAGCUGACCUUGGUCCCGGCCCCCGCACCGCCCGUGGCUCAUUCACCCCUACACCGCUCAGUGUCUGAUCUUCCCCUGCCCCUUCCCCAACCCCAGAUGGCCCUCACCUCCCCAGGCUCCCCAGAAGCCCUGCCCAGCCUGGCUCUCAAUGGUGGGGCCUCAGAGCUGGCUGGGGACUGGGGUGGGGCUGGGGAUGCGCCUCUGUCCCCUGACCCCCUGCUGCACUCACCCCCUGGCACCCCGAAGGUGACUCAGCUCUCGCCCAUCACAGAGGGUGUCCCAGAAGUGCCCCCGCCUACUGGGCAGCCUGCUCCCACCCCUGACUCCCCCACGGCCAGCUCAACUGGGGGCCCACCAGACCACCUGCUCCCUCCUCUGGGCAGCCCCCUACCCCCAGGUUGGGUGACGCUGGAGGGAGACUUUGUGCUCAUGCUGGCCAUCUCGCCCAGCCAUCUGGGAGCUGACCUGGUGGCCGCACCCCAUGCGCGCUUUGACGAUGGCCUGGUGCACCUGUGCUGGGUGCGAAGCGGCAUCUCCCGCGCGGCACUGCUGCGCCUGUUCCUGGCCAUGGAGCGGGGCAACCAUUUCCGCCUGGGCUGCCCACAGCUGGGCUAUGCAGCUGCCCGCGCCUUCCGCCUGGAGCCGCUCACGCCCCGAGGUGUGCUCACGGUGGAUGGCGAGCAGGUGGAGUACGGGCCCCUGCAGGCCCAGGUGCACCCGGGCCUGGGCACUCUUCUCACGGGGCCUCCGGGGCGGGAGCCCUGAGUCUGACCCUGUUUGGAGUUCUCUGAAGGCGGGGCAGACGUUCCAGGUGGUAGGGCUCCGGGCAGAGAGCGGGCCUGGCCCUGUCUCAGGAUCAGGCUCGCUCUCUGGAAACCAGUGGUGAUUCUGGCAGGCGGUCUGGAUUAAGGGGGCAGGGGGUACGUGUGAUUACAGAUGUGUGAGGGUAGUGCCUGAUGGAGGGGCGCGGAGUUCAGCCCCGAGCCCUCUGGACCGGCAGCAGAAGCCUGGUCGGCUGAGGGCGGGGCCUGCCUUAACUGUCGUCCAGUGACGGGGUGUAGGCUGUGCCAGCUGCAGGAGGCCUUAGUUCAUUGGCCAGUCAGGGCUGGGUCUUGCCCUGUCCACCCCGGUGCCUCCACUCAGCUGGCCAA